AUGUUUUCAUCGAGAGCUGCAGCUGCAGCUCGACUCGGCGUGUUUACAUGAGUCUGUGAGGAUGUCUGUAAAGACGGUGGGCGCUGCUUUAACACGUACACUAUGGGCCACGGGGAGCAGGACGCCGCCUCUGGCUCGAUCCCCCAAACUCAACCCUUUCACCACGUCGUGCACGGUGUUCGGAGGAGCCGAGCAGGGCGAGAAAAGUCAACAGCAAAGUGUGAGCGCGGACUCGGCGGGGCCGAGCAGCGAGGCUGCACAUGUUAGUGGAGACAAGAAGAGACCCCAGGGGUCCGGGGGGGCCCCGGGGGUCCCCGGGGUCAGGAGGCGCUGCUUCACCUCCAAGGCUGCUCCCCUGGACCAGAAGUCCUACCUGUGGUCCCGCUACAGCGACAUGAAGCGGAUGGUGCACGACCUGAUACCCCCAGCUGCGUGUAAAAGCCUCAACGCCUCGGUGAUCUAUGCCAACAACGAGGUUGAUUUGGCUGAUGUGGACAUUUAUGGGUUCGACUACGACUACACGCUGGCUCAGUACUCCAACGCGCUCAACACGUUGAUCUACAACACAGCAAGAGGCUUCCUCAUCGAACACUUCAAGUAUCCCGAGGGCAUUGGCAAAUAUGAAUACAUUCCCAACUUUGCAGUCCGAGGUCUCCACUAUGACAUCCAAAAGGGUCUUCUGAUGAAAAUUGAUGCCUUCCAUUACAUUCAGCCAGGAACGGUGUAUCGGGGUCUGACUCCACUGCCUGACGAGGAGGUCCUUCAGCUUUUUGGGGGGACCUUCCACGUCCCCCUGCAGCAGGACAGCGGCUUCUACGGAAAGGGACCAAAAGUGAAGCAGUUCAUGGACAUUUUCUCCAUCCCUGAGAUGACUCUCUUGGCUGUGGCAAAUGAUUUCUUCAUCACCAAUGGCAUAGAUUAUGAUCCAGUUCACCUCUUCAGGGAUGUCUCUGAAGCCAUUGGCAUGGUUCACAUCAAAGGCUACAUGUACAAGUGGAUCAUGCAAGAUCUGAAUAAGUUCAUCCUGCAAGGAGAAGAGACUGACGCCGUUCUGCACCGGCUUUCUAGUCAGGGAAAGAAGCUGUUCCUCAUCACCAACAGUCCCUUCAGUUUUGUGGAUAAAGGAAUGACGCACAUGGUGGGAACAAACUGGAGAGACUUUUUUGAUGUUGUCAUUGUGCAAGCAGACAAACCUCAUUUCUUCACUGAUUGUAUCAAACCUUUCCGGCGCUUGGAUGGUAAUGGGGACCUGCGAUGGGAAAAGAUAACCAGUUUGGACAAAGGCCAGAUUUACAAACAGGGGAACUUGUUUGACUUUCUCAGACUGACAGGCUGGAGAGGAUCAAAGGUUCUUUACUUUGGAGACCAUCUUUACAGUGACUUGGCUGACCUGAUGUUGCGACAUGGCUGGCGUACAGCCGCCAUUGUGCCUGAGCUGGAGCACGAAACCAAAGUCGUGAGCACGCACCGGUAUGCUGUGAACCUCACCUGGCUUCAGGCUCUAACCGGGUUGAUGGAGCGUCUCCAGACACACCGGGAUGCUGAGUCUAAAGAUGUUUUCCAGGAAUGGCAGAAAGAAAGAGAAGAGCUGAGGGUGAUGACGAAGAACUUGUUCAACCCUCAGUUUGGCAGCAUCUUCAGAACCUGCCACAACCCCACGUACUUCUCCAGACGUCUGAGUCGCUUCUCAGACAUCUACAUGACCUCUUUAAGCUGCCUGUUGAAUUACGAUACGAAUUACACUUUUUACCCCCGCCGCACGCCUCUCCAGCACGAAGCUCCUCUGUGGAUGGAUCAGCUCUGCACAGGCUGCAUGAAGACGCCUUAUCUGGAAGACAUGUCUCACAUAAGAUGAGAGCUGGGCUCUCUCCACUGACUGACUCAUAAGAGUUCAAGUUGUAGGUCACGCAAAUACUUGAGUUUUGCCGGAGGAUGUAGUUCCGUUAACAGGGUUUUUAUAUAUUUGAGAAGGUGCUGUACAGCUUUCACCAUAAGGUACACUUCACUGCUCGACAUGGGAAACUUCCUCCCUGAAUCCACUAGAGGGAGCUGGAGAUGUGCAGUGGUUUUCCAUGCAGCAUGUCCACAUUUUGUGGCACAACAUUGACCGGGAAUUCUCUCUGGUGGACUCAGUGGAAGUUGUAGAAGCCUAAGCUGCCACCGCACAAUUAAAACAAAGAGGUGAAAUCUUUUUGUAAUGUGUUUUAUUAACUUUCUUGUACACAACAGUUUUCAUAUAUUAAAGUACAGUUAAACAAGUUACCUCAGAGAACGAGUGCAUCCCGGAGUUGAAAAUAAUCAUGAAUUUAGUUGAGAAAAUGAAUGGUGCACGUACAGUAGAUUAUGAUUUUACUUUUGGAAAUGUGAUUCUUUGAUUUCAUUGGUCAUGUGGUUGCUAGGCAGCUCAGCAUCCAUUCAUCUCUAAUGUAGUCUUCAUCAUGAAUUAAUUUUCCUCCAGCCGGCCGGCUGCAGACUGCAGCAAAGGCUUUUGUACUCUGCUUUGCUGCACCUCGAUGUAUGAUCAGAAACCUCUGUGGGAUGGCUGAUGCUGCGUGGUGGAGGUGUGGUGACAACAGAUGCUGUUACAUUUAAGUUUUAGAACGAGCUACAGCAGUUUUUAUCCAAGUUGGAUCUUGUUCAGAAGUCCACACUGUGUCCUCACAUCGUUGUAAGACAAUGUCCCUUUGUCUUGUGCUGUUUUCAUAAAAGUAAUA